AUAAAAACACUAUAAAAACUACUGAUGCUAUAACUUCAACAACAUUAUUAUUAGAAGAAGAAAAAAAUGAAAUAAAAAUAUUUUAUUCAACACAAACUGGUACAUCAAAACUAUUUGCACAAAAACUAUACCAAGAAUUUUCAUCAGAAUCCAAAUUUAGUAGCAAUAAUAUCACGAUAUUGGAUAUAGUUGAUUAUGAUACAGAUGAUUUUUUGAGUGAAAGUGCAAUAUGUAUUCUUAUUAUUUCGACUUAUAAUGUUGAGGGACCACUUGAUUGGUUUGUUAAAUGGUUGGAGGAUACCAGAUACGAUUUUAGAGUGAGUAAGCAAUCAUUAUCUAACAUGAAAUAUACAGUAUUUGGACUUGGUGAUUCAGCAUAUGGUGAUGAUCAGUUUUGUACACAACCUAGAAAUAUUGAUAAAUGGUUGGGUCAACUAGAUCAAGAAAAAAGUUUUGAAGAAUGGAAAAUAUCAAUGGUGAAUUCAUUGCUGGACUCAUCAUAUUCUACUUCUAAUCAAGAUUAUGUUGAUUCAGAUAGUCAAACAGAGGAUGAUGCUGAAGACAAUGAUGACGGCAAUUCAAGAAUUAAUAAUAAGAAAAAAAUUAAAACAGAAUCAGAACUUAUUGAUGUAGAAGACAUGGGUAAAUUGGCACCACAAAUAAAAGCUGCACGUAAAUCAAAAGAUGUUCAAAAUAUUUCAUAUAAUUCUGAUGAUAUUAAAGCACAAAAAAAAGUAGUUAAAGAAGUUAGAGAAAUGGUCAGCCCAAUGCUUCAUAAAUCAUUAACUAAACAAGGAUACAAAAUAGUUGGAACGCACUCGGGUGUAAAAAUUUGCAGAUGGACUAAAGCUGCUUUAAGAGGAAGAGGAUUUUGUUAUAAAAAUAGUUUUUAUGGAAUUCAAAGUUGGAGACAUCAUACAAAUCCAGUUGGAACAGAAUGGAGAUGGAAGGUGGAUGAGCCACAGAUGAUUUUUGAAGGGGCAAUGGCAAAUCAUUAUCAGAUGAUUAAACAAAUGAAAGGAGUACCUGGUGUACGUGCAGAUAGAUUUCAAGAAGCAUUUAAGAUUCAACAUUGUGCAUUAUCAUUAGUUGGUGAACCAAUUUUUUAUCCAUAUAUCAACGAAUUUAUUGAAUUGCUACAUGGAAAACACAUCUCAUCGUUUUUAGUUACAAAUGCACAGUUUCCGGAUAAGAUUGCAGAAUUGAAACCUGUUACACAACUUUACGUUAGUGUGGAUGCCAGUACCAAAGAAAGUUUAAAAAAAAUUGAUAGACCAUUAUUUAAAGAUUUUUGGGAAAGAUUUUUGGAUAGUUUAGAUGAAUUAAGUAGAAAGGGUCAGAGAACAGUAUAUAGAUUGACAUUGGUAAAAGAUUAUAAUACAGAAGAAAUUGAGAAUUAUAUAGAAUUAAUUGAGAGAGGAAGACCAGAUUUCAUUGAGGUGAAGGGAGUCACAUAUUGUGGAUAUAGUGGAUCGAGUAAUCUUACAAUGGCAAAUGAGGUGAUUGAAUUUGUAGAAAAAAUUAGUCAAAAAUUAGGAAAUGUAUAUGAGAUAGCAGCAGAACAUUCACAUUCAUGUUCAAUUCUUAUUGCAAACACCAAAUUCAAGAUAAAUGGAAGAUGGCAUACAUGGAUCAAUUAUGAUAAAUUUUUUGAAUUGAUAGAGAAAGGAAAAGAAUUUACCAAAUAA